CCCAACUCGGUUGCGGCUAUGACUAGUAACUAGGAUGCUCAGAGACGGAGUACCGGUAUCGCACGGCCGUGCUGCUGCUGCUGCUGAGGGUUUGUCCCCAACUCGGUUGCGGCUAUGACUAGUACUAUCGACGAUGGCCAGUGCUCGCUGUCAACGAUGUGGUCCUCAGAGACGGAGUAUCGAAUGGCUGUGCUGCUGGCCCGCGAAAUAUCGAAUGGCUGUGCUGCCGGGCCACACCAACAAAACUAACCAAGCCAUGAAGCCAGAAGCCAGACUAGAAGCGAAGGGUGUCGGACAACUCAUCCUCCAUCAUCACCAUCGUUCUCGCGCUUUCUUUCUUUGUUCGGUAGAUCAGUGCAGUGUACCUAGAGUACAUACCCUAGCUCGAGAGGGGCGCGCGCGCGGUUUCUUCCAGGAACCGGGGAAUCCGCAACAGAUAGGUACCUACUGCAGCUGUCAUCGGAGGUCCAUCUCGUUUUCGCCUUGCAGAAUGAUGGUCGUGAGAUGUCUCGUUUUUCUUUUCCCAGCAGCUGUAGGUACUGUAGACAGUGGAUGGGUUUCAAUGCAAAGGAGGAUGAGACGGUGGAAUACCUAGGGCACAUGGCGGAUGUGGCUGGCAUGGUGGGAGUGGUGGUGGUGGCGGUGGUGCUGAAGAAUAGGUAUGGUGGUGAAGAAUGUGGUGGUGAAGAAUGGUGGUGGUGGGGGGAGG